AUGAAUGGCAAUGAUGAUAUUACAAUAAGUGGCCCAACGCCAAAAGGUGUUUACGCAACACCAAAGCUGUUCAUGGAACCCAUUUUAUUAGGAGCUGCCGAGAAACAUUUUAUCGCUCAAGGCUUCGCCGAUGGAGUCCGCAACGACGGUCGAGGGAUUGAUGACUUUCGACCGAUCUGGAUUGAGAGCCCGGCUUUUACAACAACCAAUGGUUCUGCAAGAGUUAAAAUUGACACCACAGAUAUACUGGUAGGUGUCAAAUGUGAGGUUAUGGAAUGUGAGGACACUUCUCUGACUCCAAAUCGCCUACAGUUCACCGUCGAACCCUCUUGUAUAGCAGCACUCCGAACAGAAGCUAAAGGUGGUGAACUUUUGACUGAAGCAAUUGAAGCAGUUUUAAUGGAAGCAUAUCAUGGAAAUGGUGACGUUAUCACGAAUAUGGAAAAGCUCGUGUUAUGCAAGCAGUUUAUGUGGAAAGUGUACGUGGAUAUCGUCAUACAACAAUAUGGAGGGAACAUUCUGGAUGCCAUUUUCAUUGCUGUGAAAGCUGCUCUUCUGGAUACACGCAUAACUAACCUAGCUCUGAUCCCUCAAGAUGAGGGGAAGUUCAGCAUAGAGUGCGAAGAAUCUACUGAAACAAACUUUUUCCGCCUUGAGGCGGCAAACGCUCCUUUGUCAAUUUCGGUUAAUCAGAUUGGCAAGUCUAUAGCUGUAGAUUGCACGGAAGUUGAAGAAGUCUUGUUACGUACUGCACUAUGGGUUGUGAUGGACCAACCUGAGAAUGAAAGGACUCCUGAUGAUUCGAUACGCUUACGUGUUGUGAAGCAAAUGUUUCCUGGUGGAAUGGAUCCUCGCUCAAUACCAGCUAUGCUCGACUUGGCUGUACGAAGUGGUCGGAAGUUACAUGCUGCAGUAAAUGCACGAUUAGAAGAGAUUAAAAAUGCGGAUGGGUCUCAGGUUCCCGGUUUGUCAUUUUUUGAUGAAUGA